AUUGUGUCGAAGUAUAGUUAUGAUAGUGUUGUGUUUGAUCGAUUUCUUUUUAAACGUACGCAUUUUAUUGAAGAGGAUAUGUGUAUAUUGUAGUUGUAGACAGAACGUUGAACUAAUAAAUACAAUAUAGUGUAUUAGUUGUAUUAAAUCUUUGAAGUUAUCUUCAUUCUACUUUGAGUCUAAUUCAUCAAUUGCACGUUUAAAAAAAUAAACAACAUGUCUAGUACAUCGCAAAAACAUAAAAAUUUUGUGGCAGAACCUAUGGGUGAUAAACCUGUUACUGACCUUGCAGGAGUUGGAGAAAUUUUAGGAAGGCGAUUAGAAGCUGCAGGUUUUGAUAGGGCAUACACAGUACUUGGACAGUAUUUGGUUCUGAAGAAAAACAGAGAGUUAUUUAUAGAAUGGAUGAAAGAUAUAUGUUCUGCCAAUGCAAAGCAAUCGAGUGAUUGUUACCAAUGCAUCUCUGAUUGGUGUGAUGAAUUUUUGUAAAAUAAUUAUAAGGGUUAAUGUUAAUAUUGAAUGAAAAAAUUAAACAAAUAAUAUAGCAAAAUAUCUUUUAUAAAAUUUUAAUGCAAAAUAUAAGAACUGUUUCACUUGAGUAAAUUUAAUAUUUUAGAAAACUUUAUAACAGUACAAGUGAAAGCACAUAGCAAACAAAUUUUUUAAUAGUUUCACACAAUUGCAAUAAUGUAUUUACAUUAAUAUGUUAGUUGAAUGUUCUUAAUGGUAAAACUUAACAAAAAUGUCAUUUUAUGAGUGAGAUCGGUGUUGCUAGUUUACAGCAAUGUAUAUUUAUUCAAUACUUCUAUACUGUAUGAGAUAACACAUGUUUACAUUGCUUGAGUCUAUGAAUGUAUAAACCGUUCAGCGUGUAAAUGUUUUAUAUAUAAUAUUCUUACAUUUAUUUGUUGUACAAAAGUGUAAGAAAUAAAUUAAAAAUUUAAUUUGAAAAUAUAUUUUUUUAAAUAUAUCACAAGUAUGUAUUUGGCAACUUUAUAAGAUACAUGUUCAAACUAAAAUGAAAUAAACAUGAAAUAGUGUUA